UCAGGAGAGCAAGGAGGCUGCAGCACACUGCUCCCCAGCCCCACACCUUGGGCCUCCUGUUGGGACACACAGAUGUCAGAAACUGAGCUGGAAAAGAUAAAAAUAGGAACAGCCCAGCAUUUUGAAAAUGACAAAAAGAAUGUUUCUUGGUUGAAGGAAGAUGCGCAACUCACAAAUGAAAACCAUGCAGAUGAGAAACCCAUUAAUGCUAUGGUUAUAAAUUCAGUCUCUGAAUUCAACAUCACAGAUGGACCAGCCAAGGAAACCCCCAAUGAGAAAAAGCUGUCAGCAUCCAGCACGUCACUGUCCUCCCUGGAAGAAUGUCAGACAGAACGCUCCUACCUCCAAACCAACCCUUCAGAGCGUCAAAGAGACACGGAGGAGGAGUGUGCCUCGCUGAUCCUCGCCUGUCUGUUCUGCCAGUUUGGGGACUGUCUGCUGAUGCUUCCUGAUACCUGUGAAGCGGUGUGGACUGGCCUGUGCUGCCCCUCUCAUGGAUACCACCAUGCCACGGACGAGGAGCACCCGCGUGGGGACUGCAGCUGCAGUUGUGACGUGGACUGCAGCCUCUUUGAGUCCUGCCACGAGACCAGCGAGUGUCUGGAGCUGGCCAUGGAGAUCUCCGAAAUGUGCUACCGCUAG